AUGAAGUUUGAACGGGAUGUUCCUAUCGCCGUUCUUUCUCUAACACAGGACAAACUUGAAACGUCUCGAGACCCCAAAACUCACAUUUCUAACGUGACCAAACCUGUCCCGUCCCACGUCACCAAAAAUGUUCUGUUCCCGGUCAACAAACCUGUUCUGUUCCGCGUCACCAAUCAUGACCUGUCCCAGGUCACCAAACCAGACCUGGCCCACGUCACCAUACCUGACUUGUCCCACGUCACCAUACUUGACCUGUCGUGCGUCACCAAACCUGACCUGUCCCACGUCACCAUACCUGACCUGUUGUACGUCACCAUACCUGACAUGUCUAGCAAACCUGACCUGACCCACGUCACCAAACCUGGCCUGUCCCACGUCACCAUACCUGACCUGUCGUACGUCACCAUACCUGACCUGUCGUACGUCACCGAACCCGAGCUGUUGUACGUCACCAUACCUGACCCAUCUUACGUCACCAAACCUGACCUGUCCUACAGUAGGAAACCUGACCUGACCCACGUCACCAAACCUGACCUGUCCCACGUCACCGAACUGACUUGUCCCACGUCGGCAAACCUGACCUGUACCACGUCACCAAACCUGACCUGUCCCACGUUACCAAACCUGAUCUGUCCCACGUCACCCAAACUGACCUGUCCCACGUCACCAAACCUGAUCUGUCCCACGUCAACAAAACCUGACCUGUCUCAUGUCACCAAAUCUGACCUGUCCUACGUCACCAAAUCUGACCUGUCUCAUGUCACUAACUCUGAGCUGUUCCACGUUACCAAACCUGACAUGUCCUACGUCACCAAACCUGAUCACUUCACCAAACUUGGCCUGUCGACUUCGCCAUAUCUGACCUGUCUCACGUCACCAAAGCUGACCUGCCCAACGUCACCAAACCUGACCUCUGACCUGCCCUACGUCACCAAACCUGACCUGUCCGACGUCACCACACCUGACUGGUCCCACGUCACCAAACGUGUUCUGCUCCACUUCAACAAACCCGACUGUUCCACGUCACCAAACCUGACCUGUUCCACGUUACCCCACCUGGUCUGUCCUACGUCACCAAACUGA